UUGGGCGUGUGACGUCAUCGACGUGCGCCGCGCUCGGUCUGCGACCAUAACAACGCCUGAUAACCCUCACUUUUAUCGAUAUCGUUUAUAGGGAAAUAUUGAUCGGAAUUUAUUCUCACAGCCUCAAAGGUCCUGCACACCUCGUCCCUGAGACCGACACACGACAUUUUUUCAAAGUGCAGAUUAGAAAAGUACAUCCACAGAAUUCCAUUUCCGAGAUCCAGCGUCUGCGUGUCGAUGGAGGAGUCCUGCUAGAAACACAAAACGGGUGGAGAGGCUCCCGGGAGGAAUGGGGUAGAGCUCUCGAUGAGGGUCCCGGCAGCAAACAGCUCCGUUAGGGCAGAAUCGGGCGAGAUGCCUGAGAAUGGACGCUCCAGGAGGAAACGUGUGCCGAAGACGUGCGACUGCUGCGGGCCCCACGGCAAGCCCCACGCGCCGGGACACCAGCAGGUGUCCAAGAGACGCGGCCGCAGGAGGAAAGAGAUGCUGAGCCAAGAAGAAGAGGUGGCGGCGGAGGAGGAGGUGGUGAGCUCGGCGGCGGCCGACUCGGUGGUGACUUUAGAAGCGGACGCCGCUUCUGAGAUGGACGAGGCUCCGUCUCCUAAAGAGAAGCCAGAGCUUUCCCAGACUGAGAGAGGGAGUGAAAGCACCGUCAUGGUGAACGGCCUGGAGAACAGCGCUCAUGCGCAUCCCAGCGACACCAAAGAGCUGAGCAGUUCUGUCACACCCAAUGACUUAAUGAAGAAACGCCUUGAUUCUUCCCUGAUCAGCGCGGAGCCGGAUGCGAUGGAAACCGAGCCGCCCGGUCUGAGCGCUGGUGUCAACAAGGCUUCCUGGGACCAUCACUACUGCAAACCCCUCGCUGAGGAGAACAGGAGCUACUCCACGGAGGAGACGGGACAGCCGUCUGCACUGCCUCCGGCUGAAUUCACCACUGAGGGCAUCAUCGAGUGCAUUCAUGAAUUCCUCGAGCAGUUCUAUGGGAAAUACGGAAGCUUCACUCCGUUGAGUGACACUGACGUCCUCGAUCACCUAAAUAAGACGUUUCAGUCUGAUCUAAAUGACAGGAUGAAGCUGAUAACAAAAGAAGUGGCCAAGUACAGGGCUGGUCUGGCCUGUGCUCCUAUGCAUUUCUUCCAAGUGACCUACAACAAGCACACUUUGACCUUAGAUGACCUUUCAACACUCGAUGACCAAAACUGGGUCAAUGAUCAGGUGAUUAACAUGUAUGGAGAACUGAUCAUGGAAGCUACGAAUCAUAAGGUUCACUUCUUCAACAGUUUUUUUUACCGACAGUUUGUAGCAAAAGGUUAUGAAGGAGUGAGACGAUGGACCAAAAAGGUUGAUCUGUUUUCUAAGACACUGAUUCUGAUUCCUCUCCACCUGGAGAUCCACUGGUCGCUCAUAACUGUGGACGUCUCCAAGCAAAGCAUCAACUUCUACGACUCCCAGGGCAUCCUGUUCAAGUUCGCUGUGGAUAACAUCCUGAAAUACAUCCUGGCAGAAGCGAAAGAGAAGAAACAAGCCGUCUUUCAGAAGGGCUGGAAGAUGGUCGUCAACAGGACCAUUCCACAGCAGAAGAACGACAACGACUGUGGGGCUUUUGUCUUGGAGUACUGCAAGUGCCUGGCGUUCAUGAAGCCGCUGCUGUUCACUCAAGAGGACAUGCCACGCGUCCGCAAGAGGAUCUACAGAGAGCUGUGUGACUGCAGACUGUCUGACUGUCUAAACCAAGACAAAGCCACAUAGACAGGUGUGUGGAUGACGAACACAACAGGAGGGAAAGGACUUCACAACAAGACAAAGAAACCCAAAGUUCAGGUCAGGCAAAGCGGGAGGUUCCCAAUAUUUGAGCCUGUCCAAUCAUUCCUGUCGGUUUGCUGGAGUUCUUCAGGACGCGUUUACCUCUUCGCAGUACAUCGGCGGCUCAGAUAUGCCUUUUCCCAGCGUCCUCGACCUUGAAUUUAAUGAAGCCUGCGACGACCUCUCAGAGAAACGAACGGAAGAUCCUCAGCAAUGGAGACAUUUUUCUGUUUCUGGCAACCACAAAGAUUCAAAACCUCACAAGCGUGUGGAUGUUUUAUUUUUUUUUUACGUAUUUUAUUUUAAAUUUCAUUUAUAAUACAGCCAUAGCACAGAUUACGUGUUUCUAUCAGGUUUCUUUUUGUAAAGAACAUAUUUUUUGCUUUGCAGCAUGAAACUUGAAGGACUUCGUAGUUUAUAAAUGUCACGCCGUUGUUGAGGUACAAGAAGCAUUUAAUGAAUGUACUGUCAAACACCAGAAUUCUACUUGUACAGUCGAGCUUGUAACUUGAAAGCAGAUUUUGUGGCGAUACUCUUAAAAGUCCUGGACCAGAUUGCUUUGUUAACAUUUGAUCAUCCUCUAAAUAUGUUCCCAGAUGUUUCUAAAGAAAAAGUUUACUUGCUGUAAACCAACCGCCAGCAUUAUUUGGCCAUUAUGUUGUUGCAAACUGCUGUUCUCUCACUUCUGAGCACUUUCCGUUGUUUUUCCUCGAAUGCAUCGGCGGUUAAAAUUGAUUUUGUAGCAUGUGGUUUUGUCGUUAAUUGAAGUCAGUUAAAGGUCAUUUUUAAAUGAGCACAGUGCGAUGAAAGAUGCAGGUUUCUGCCUUUUUAUUUAUACUCUUUUUAAUGGGGAAGACUGAUCUGAAAAUAUCAUUGAAACCUGGCGUUCUGUCAUUGGUUAAUACAAACUCAUGGUCUCAUGAAAAUGCAUAUAAAUAGUACAGAAAUUCUUGGUAGUGAUACGCAAAGAUUGACUUUGGCGUGCAUGUGAUAUGCAGCUACCCCAGAACCCUAACCCUACCCAUUGCGUUUCAUAUGCACGCCAAAGUCCACUUUUGAUCGAAACAAACUCAUGCUACUGAUACGCACUUUCAUGAGAUCAGGUUGAAAUUCGAGCAGAAUAGGAGAUUGCUGAUUGUUGCGGUUGUGUGUGCUUGAGUCAUCUUUUCUGUUCUGUGUGAGGAGCAUUUUUCUACCUUGUGAUGCAGUUUGGUACAAAAACAUGUCAGGAUAGUAGAUUUAUACUUUUGUCAGUGACCCACCAUUUAAGAGCGAUACUGUCAUUUAGUUACUUGAACCAACGAAUCAUAACCUCAGACUGAGUUUCUGACUACUAGUUUCAUCAUUAUUUAAAAAUACAUAAAACCAUGUUGAAUAACCAGUGCUGUGUCUGUUAUUGUGUUUGCAAAUGCGUAUGAAAGGAGGCGCUUAACCUUCACAAAAUGCUGAUUUUCCAACUCAGAAGGUCAGUGUAAAUGUUAGCAAUUUUUGCAACCCUGUUAUCAAAAUUUAAGAUGUCUAAAUAGUU